AUGUCUGCUAUCUUGAAACCUCUACCCAAAAUUGGACUAUUGUCCAUUGGCGAUAUGGGCGUCGGCAUUGCAAAACUACUGGUUGCCAGUGGUUUCACUGUUGCAACCAAUAUCUCCGGCAGAAGCAAAGAUACCAUCCAACGAGCUCGAGAUGCAAAAGUUGAACUCCUUGAGUCUGAUGUUGAUCUGGUCAGGCAGAGUUCUGUCAUACUCUCCAUUGUACCGCCUAGAGACGCAGAGGCAACAGCCACUCGUAUUACAGAUGCAUUAGCAGGCUUAGAGACUACGAAAGAACUUUACUUUGUCGACCUCAAUGCAGUUGCGCCUUCGACCGUCAAGGCCAUUGCAGCAUCCGUUAAGAGAUCAAACCUGCCUAUACAAUUUGUCGACGGAAGCAUUCUUGGGCAUCCUCCCAAGAAGACGUCUGCCGAUGCCGCAACAGAUUCACUGAGCAGCAACGACUCUUCCGACUGGUACCGUCCUAGCAUCCCUAUAUCAGGCUCAGAUGGUUUCAAGUCGCUCCCUUUUGGAAUGAAGUUGAUAUCUGUUCUCAACAUGAAGCACAUCUCUCCUGAUAUCGGCGCUGCAAGUGGUCUAAAAAUGUGCUUUGCUUCCCUGUCAAAAGGUUUCACCGCCAUUGCCACUCAGUCGUUCACAACAGCACAUAAUCUUGGCAUCUUAGGCGCUCUCAAAGACGAGAUUGGUACAUUUUACCCAGCGAUGCUUGCCAACGCUGAAAAGAGCGUUCCCGGCAUGCCACCUAAGGCGUAUCGCUGGGUGCGAGAGAUGGAGGAGAUUGCUCUCACUUUCAAUGAGGAAGCGGGCUGGGAUAAAGGGAUGUUCAUGGGUGCCGCGAGUGUCUAUAAGGAUAUUGCCGAGAAUGAAGUGCUUGGAAACGAGAAGAUGGGUAAGAGGAAGAGGGGAACGACACUGGAUGAUGUCGCGGCAGCGGCAGCAGAAGGAUUGCACAAGAAGCAAAGGCCACAAUAA